UUAAGAGAUUAUUUGGUUGAACGAUGAUGGAGAAAGAGAAGGAUGAUCGACAGCUCGCGUGGAUUUAUGAAGGCACGAAAUCGUUGGUUAAUCGGGAAGACUAUCUCCUUGGCAAAAGGGUGGAUAAGAACUUCGAACUCUACUCCGAUGCUGUCAUCAGAGAGAAAGAAAGCGGGAUUGAAGCAAUAGAAAAGCCGCAGCGAUGCGUAAACGGUGCAUCGUCGUCGAAGAUAUCUAAUCUGGAAGUUGAUAUUGUAAGAACCGAAGAUCCGUUGGUGGCUAUUAAGAUGAGGGAGGAAAGGAUUUGGCAAGAGAAGAUGGAGAAUCCUUUGGUGCAAUUAAGAAUGCAGAAAUUGAUGAAAAAAGUGAUGGAAAGAAGGGAAAAGAAACGAUUGAAGAAAUUGAAGAAAUUAGAAAAGAAGGAAAGGAAAUGUAAGCACAGCGCGGAGUGUGGUGACAAUGUUGAUCACGUUGAGAAAAGUGAACGGGAUCGUGUUGAUGGCGAAAAGCAUGCAACAAUGCUUUCAUUAUCGUCGAAGACAGUGAAAGAAAAGCAAGAAAGGAAACAUUUACAAAAGGAUAGCCAUAUUCCGCCACACUUGCGACCCAAAUAUAGUUCAUCAUCGGAAAGCUAUGACAGCGAGGACGAAUGUAAAAAAGCUGACAGGAAAUCACGGAAGAGAUACGGUUUGAUGAAGACAGGGGAGCACGAAGUACGGAAGCGGGAAGAAGUCGAUAAUCCCUAUAAAGCACUUCCAAAAAAGCGAAUUGAGACUUACAAGAAGUCAGAAAAGCUUCAGUUGACGGAAGAGGAAAUGGAAAUGAAGCGGAGAGAAAUGCUAGAAAAUGCAGAUUGGAGGGACAAAGUCCGGACGAGGAAUAUCAGAAGAAAUGCGCUGCAAGACGAGAAAGAGGAUCGAGGAAAUAAAGAAAAGACAGCUAACUUUAUUAGACCAAUGCUGAAUUCUGCUGCAUCGACGAUGACUGUAGAGCAACAGUUGAAGAGCCAUCGAAAAGAACUACAGCGCACCAAUGGUUUUACUGAACAAAACUUUGUUAAACGGUAUUGAUAUAUCCCUAUCCAUGUGUCUGUACUCGGCACUAUUUCUCGGCUUGUAUGAAAUUCUGUGCAUAAAAACGUAUGCGAUCAACAGCUACCAAAAUAGAUUUCAAGUCCUG